AUGGGAAUGAAUUCAGCAAAGGUAAAAGAAAAUAUCUUGAUUACACAAAAAAUAAUAGAAAAACUUAGUAAAAUAAAAAAAGAAAACGUCUUUUAUAAUUGUAUUCCUUAUUAUGAUUUUAUUUACAAUAAAUAUAGAACUUACUUAUCAAUCGAAUCUUGUUUUAAAUUAUUUUAUUUACAAAACAAAUAUUUAUUUAUUCACAAAAAUUUAAUAUAUUAUAUAUGCAACAAAGCUAAUAAUACUUCAAUAUAUAGUAUAUUCAAAAUAAAAAAUGAAUUUAUAAUAGAUCAUAUAUAUAAUUGUAAUAUCUAUAAAUACAAAUGCAACUUCCAGACGGGCUAUUAUAAUUUUGUUCAUAACAUUUUAUUGAUUUCAUCGAUCCGAUUAUGUAGGCCAAUUAAUUUAGACUCGGAUUACAAUGUUGCGAAUGAAAAAAAAAAAAGAGAGGAGAAUAAAAAUAUAAAAUUAUAUAAUUUUCACAAAUAUUACAAUCCAAUUAACUACAUCAUAUCAUUUAACCACAAUAAUAAUAGUAGGGACAAUCACAGCGAAAAAUUACAAAAAUUAAAAUAUCUAAUAAAGCUGUAUAAAUGUUUUAGUACUAAUAGUAUACGACCAUUCAAUUUUUUAAAUAAAUAUCUUUAUUCUCUUUUUUCCUCGACGCAUUUAAACAUCUCUACAAAAAGUUUUUGUAUGCACAAUACAAUAAUUCAAAGGAAUACCAACUUAUCUUCCACCGAUGAAAUAAUUCGAAAACACAAUGGAAACAAAUAUGAAUAUAGUAACAAAUCUAAUAAGAAUGAUCAUAUUAAUGAUGCUAUAGAUAUGGAAUACAAUAUGUGCGAGCCAAUUUUAAAUAUACAAAAUAUUAGUAAGCUUUUGUUUUAUUUAUCAAAAUGUGAUGCAUAUUAUUAUUACGAUAUAUUUUUUAAUCAAUAUUAUUAUAACAUAUUUAUUCAUCUCCUUUCAUUGCAAAAAGAAAAAUAUAGUACUACCUAUACUUCAGAUAUAAACAUGAAUAAUAUAAUUUUAAAAAAAGAUGAAGAAAAUAUAUAUGACAACCUUAUCAUGAGUUUUAUAAUUUUUUUGUCUUCUUCUUAUCUCGUUAAAGAUAUUAAAAGAAAUAUAUCCUCUAUAGUUAAAAUGAUAUAUAUAUCUUCGAUGUUGCUAAAAUCGAUAUGUAAUUGCAGCUAUUAUAAAUAUUUUAAAUAUACAAAAAAUAUUACAAAAAGUAGUUAUGAGAAAAACAUAAUAAAUGUAAGCAAUAAUAAUUGUGAUGAGAAUAAUUUUAUUCUAAUAAAUUUCGAAAACCUGAACUAUUUAUUCAAUGUGUCUUAUUUUAAAAAAAUUUUACUUUUAACUUACAUCAUAAAUAACAUUAUUCCCGAUUUUGUCAAAAAUAUGAAAUAUAGUGAAACAGGAAUACAAAAAAAUUUAUUACAAUAUGUGUACAAACAAUUAAGGGGAAAAAAUAUAUCAAAUAAAUCUGCUGAUUUUGUUAAUACUAAUGAAUUCGACAUUUUUGAAGAAAAAAAUUUGAAUAUCUCAAAUAUAUCGAAUAAUAUAGAAAAAAAUAUAGAUAGAAAUAUGAAUAUGUUUAUAACAAAUUUGUUAAUAAAAAACACUUUUAAUAUGCUCGAUUGUAUUCCUCUCCAUGUUUUAAAAAUAAUUUAUCAUCAACUUUUUAUAUAUCCAAAGCAUAAUAAAAGUCAUAAAAUUAUUAACAAUAAAAAAUCUUUGUUAGAAAAGCAAAUUCUUUUUAUUGUUCAGGACAUUUUGAAAAAACAUACACACAAUUAUAUGUGUCUUCUUUAUGUAACAAAUUCUCAUACUUUCUUUUCAAUCGAUGCUCUCAUUGUAAAUAAGUAA